CAUGGGUAAGAUUACAGAGAGAAAUAGUAAUCUGACGUACCAGCCAUUGGUGUAUCCGGUCGCAAGAAUGAUCGCCGACACGCGUCACAGUCCAAUUAACGAGAUUUUCUUUUGGACUCAAUUCGCGUCAGGUAUCAUUUCCCAAACCGUCGCGACUGCUGCCUGUAGUUUGACUGCCGUUUUGGCAGUACACGCUUAUGGCCGUCUGAAGGUUCUCAUGCAGUGGAUUGUGCAUUUAGUGGACGGGAGAGAAGAUUUUUCUAAUAACGUGGACGAGCGGCUGGCUAUAAUUAUGCAAGAACAUGUGCGAAUUUUGUAUUUUAUAAAGUUAACAGAAAAAGUAUUGCACCAAGUAUCUCUUGUGGAAGUUUUAGGAUGUACGUUUAAUAUAUGUUUUCUUGGAUAUUACACAAUUAUGGAAUGGAAAGGCGGCUUUGCAAUAACAUACAUUAUUCUGCUUAUGAAUUUCGUCUUCAAUCUUUUCGUAUUUUGUUACAUAGGUGAACUUGUUGCCGAGCAAUGCAAGAGGGUUAGUGAAACAUCAUACAUGAUCGAUUGGCAUCGUCUACCAGGAAGGAAAGCUUUGGCUAUUGUAUUAAUGAUUGCGAUGUCCAAUUCAUCAAUUAAACUUACUGCUGGGCAUAUCAUUGAGUUAUCUAUGAGCAGUUUCGCUGAUGUGAUGAAGACAUCAGUUGCCUAUUUAAAUAUGUUACGUACACUAACUACUUAA